AUGGGGGGUGAUGAGAGUCAACAGGAAGUAAUGGUGCAACGCACUCGUCAAUGGCCGGAACCAUCGUGGAAGGCAGGUGCCACCCUGGUAGCGGACAACCCGGAACAGCAAAUAAUGGGAACGAUCUCGUUCCGGCAGUGGGCCCCGGGUCACAUCGAGACAAACAUCAAUGCCACCGGUUUACCGGUGGGUAAACACGCCGUACACGUGCACGCUUUCGGCGACAUGCGCGAGGGUUGUAAAUCAACCGGACCGCACUUCCGCAGCAGUAUUAUCGGUAACAUUGAGGUCAAGGAGGACGGCAAUGCGAUGAUUGAUUUCCCCAGUCCGUACGUCAACCUGUUCGGUUUCGCUGGCAUUGUCGGUCGGUCCAUCGUGGUCCACGAGAAGGCUUCGGAAAUCUACCGGUUCCCGGACCUUUCGAUCAACAACCCGGUGUCGUUCCAGGGCGAAGAGGACACGGUCGGGGCAAGGAUUGCCUGUGGGAUUAUAACGAUUUUGGACAAUGUAUCUUAG